AUGUCAUUGCCAGCUGAUUUCUGGGUCGUCAACAUGUCUGCGCUCUUCAACUUCAAGUCCCUCCUGCUCGUCAUCCUGCUGUUAAUCUGCACGAGCACAUAUGUCCACCACUUCACGCCCGGCAUCAUGGACCGGAACAAGAACGGUGUCAUGGGCAUCUUCUGGAAGUGCGCGAGGAUAGGAGAACGACUGAGUCCGUACAUCAGCAUAUGCUGUGUCAUCAUGGCUGUUUCCAUGCUGCUCAGCUAA